AUGGAGAAACAGAAGACGCCGACGAAGGAACCUUCCGCCCAACACUUCAACGAAGCUGCCUAUAAGCUUCUUGCGAAUCCCCACAUCGAACCGACGGUGAGAUUCAUCGCCACCCUCACAAAGCCAUCGGGGAAACAACUGAUCAGAACCAAGUUCUUCCGUUUUUGCGUCCACUCUUACCCGGCAUGUCUCUCUCUCAAGCUCAUGCGAAUCUACACCUCGAAAGAGCCACGUGUCGAUGACGGGAUCAGAGAGAAUGCGGUAAGGUGUCUUCACGCUAUAUUCAUCGUAGAAGAAGCGUCUUUGAAUUCAGCAGUGGUUCACGUACUCUCGCCUGAACUCAUAUCUUGCCUUGAAGAACAAGUCAUCUCAGAAUCAAGUUUCAAGAUUCUUUCCAUGCUCGUGAACCGUAUCGCUUUCGAGGUGUUCACCAUUCACGAAGAAACGUGGCAUGAUCUGCGUGAGUUUAUCUCGUCUAGAGCUGAGACAGAGUUUGCGAAAGCGGUUUUCGUGUUCACGAGCUUGUCCAUGCCUUUGGAUGAAGACGAUUUUGUGAUUCCACUCAUGGAUUAUCUUUUACCAGCGAUCUUGAAACGGUUAGGAAACGUCCACGAGGGUUCGGGUUCGGGUUCGGGUUCGAGUUCGAGCGAGUGGGGUUUAGCGUUCGUUGGUGGGUUUUGUGCGGCGAUUCACUUGUUGGAGACGACAAGUGUUUCUUUGGUGGAGAAUCUUGUUAAUGAGAUGUUGAAGUCUGUGAACAGAGGAAUGGAAUUAGGGUUUCUUGGGAAGGCUCUUAGGGAUGUUGAAAUCGCUGUGGUGCAACAGUUAUGGUGGUAUUGUACUAGAGAGUUUAAAUUUGUUUUGGGUUUUAUUAGGAGGAUUGAUGCGAUGAUCACUGAGGAGACAACGAAGGAUGUGUUGCAAGGGAUUAAGAUGGUUGUGGAAAAGAAGAUACUUGAAAUUAGUUGAAGAUUGGCUUA